UGGGAACGAGGUUGAUGUAAACAACAUGGACAUGUCCAACGCACAGUCGUGACGAUCGAUGAUAGAUCAUGCCAGGUUUGCAAACCGUUUUUUCACUGGAAUCGCAACUGCUUACAACAGCCAAUCAGCAGCGCGAAAUCUGAACACACCUUCUGCAGACAGAUAAUCAGGCUAAUGCUUGUGUGGGCACCUUUCGGAGGUUUGCACAUACCUACCAUAGCCUAGGAGUAGGACUGCACUGUGCAGCAGCUUAGUUACAACUUUUAAGUUGGCCACACUACAUGACUUUCGUGACUUUGUACGGUUUGUACUUAUGAGAGAGUGCAACUUGCAAAACCACUGAAAUUGAAAGGAGAUACCAAGAAAAGUAUGUGUAGAUGCGUUUACAAUGUACCACUGUCAAACUCAUUAGCAUCGUGAAACCAUGCCUCGAGCCAAGACUACUGCAAAGAAGAAUGAUGCCGCAAGGGGUGCAGCAGCAACUCAAGCUAAGAAAGGCCCUACCAUCUCAGGGAGAAAGCCAGCCAAGAAGUCCACUGCCAAUGUGGCAGGUACACUGGAGAUGACGAGUCCGGGGUCCUCGGACUCGUCCUCACAGCUAAACCCCUCCAGGCAGGGGAAACGACCACCUGGGAGAAGGCAGAAGACAGGAGAUACAGCCAAGAGCAGUGCCCCUGCUGGCCCGGGCUGGGGAGAAAUAGCCUCAAAGGGAGGCAGUGGGCGGGCUAGGAAAGGAUGGGUACCAGAUAAGACUGAUGAUGUGCCAGGUGACUCGCAAAGAGAUGCGGGAGAGAAAAAAGGAACUGGAGUAAAAAGAAGUCAUAAAAUGAGAGGGAAGAAUCAGGGAGAAGUUCCUGUUGGAAGCAGAGAAGGCAGUCCCACUAAACGGAGACGCCAAACCGGUCAGAGGAAAGCCUUUGGCCAGGAGGACUACCUAGAGCGACAAGUGUCAGCCCAGAGCAUCGCUAAAUGGCAGACCAUGACCAAGACCACCCAAGAAUUCUUGCACCAGAUUGCCGACAGUGCUAUUGCUGUUGUUCUGAGUGAGACAGAUAGACCUAUCAACAAUGACAUUCAAGACCAUCUCAACAACUUAAAAACAAGGCUGUUGAAGAGCUUUGCAUCACUUAAAGUUCCCAGUAGGAGACAGCCUAACUACAAAGACAUGGAAAAACACACUCGCCUCUUGGAAGCAGCCCUUGUGGAAACUAGCAACCAAGUGGAAUGCUUGGAGAAAGAAGUUAAACUGCAGCAAGAGUUACUCGAACAGAAAGAGGAGGAAUUGGAGAGACUUGAAGUUACAGAUCAGCAAGACCACAGUGACAGCAAUUCAGAGAUCGCCAAGGAGCUCCACCCACUGCUGCAGGAUACCAGGCAAGAAGUUCUGGGACUGCCUCAUCUUAGGAGAAGUUGCCGUAGCAACACAUCAUCACAGAAUGUUAGGAGUUCAUGUCAGCAGCAAGUUGUGGAGACGUUGCGUCAUUUGAGCCAAGCAGGUAGUGGCGGAACAGUCAACGCGACGGACUUCAUCGUUGCCUUGUCUGCUAUACAAGCAGCUCUUCCUCAGUAAUUCCUAAAAUUUCAAAUCUCUGGCAGAAUUUACACGGGAGUUUAGCAGUUUGAUCUGCAUUCUUGGGCAGUGCUGUGGUUUGGUCCAUCACCAGUCCUGUCUCAAGUCCAGGGACAGGUAACAAGGUGAACGAAUGACAAAGGAGUGCUUGGUCACAGUUGAUUCGAAUAUACAGCUUCUGACUUGGCUUAAAAUGGGAGGACUUGUGACGGACUUGCCAAACCUACAUGUAGGUUUGCCCUUGGAAAUUGGUAUAUUUUUGAUUAAUAUUCACAUGCUCAGUGCGUUAACUUACCAAGUGCUGAACCCCCUCUGCUUACAUGUACCAAGGCCCCUCCCACGUCACACUGUCAUCACAGCAACACAUACGGUAGUUUGCCUUCAAGCUGAACCCAGAAUUUCCAUUGAAUAAACUCAAAAAUUUAUUAUAAAUUAUUUAUUGUGUGAUAAAUUGCCUGAGUAAUGGCAUACCGUGGUUGAGUUCAAUAAUGCCAAUACAAGUACCAGCAUUCUUACGAUCUGUUGAUAAUGAGGAUUUGUCUGAGACAUCCGGAAUAGAUUGGAGUUGCGGGUGACAAAUGGUUGGCAGGAAUACCGGGUUUAUAAUCAUACAUGGUCUCUGUGUUAUGACCAGAGCUGUAGCUAAAAAAAAAACCACUGUGGUGCAGACUGUUUUCUGGCUGGAUUGCUGAGAUGGUGUUGUAUCAGAAAGAACAAGGAGUGUGCAUCCGCCAGCCAGCUGGGCACAUGUAUGCACAUGUACACCUCUGUGUUACAGUGAAUCUUAUUUCAAAUUUUUGUUUUGCUAUUUUAAAAAUUACUUUUGUGCCUUUUCGGUUUUUUUAUACCAAUGCGAACUUCCAUACUCAUGAGCGAAGCUGUGAUGCCAUUCCAAGGAGAAAAAUCCCUUAUAUUGUAUUGAUUUGCACAUAAGCAGUUGGUAUAGCUGAUAUUUUCCUGGUCUAAAUUUCCUUUUCUUUGGUCAUUCAUUAUUGUUUGAGUUGGUGGCAAUAAACCAAUAUGCAAUACUUUCUCGGAUAUGUUUUCAGGGAACAACGUUUGGGUUCACAAUUUUAAAAGAAAACCAUGUCAGCUUAGCAGUGUCUUCCUAGUUGACAACAGAGCAGCACUGCCCUCUGUUGAACAUGAAAGUAUAGAAAAUUUCAAAGGUUGAAAAAGGUGCCUUUCCCAAUACACUCAAUCCCAAAAGGAUGUCAAAUUGUUUUCAUAUGUUGAAGAGCAGUAUAAAGUAGAAAAGAAGUGUGUCUUUGUGGCUGGUCCCCUUUCAUUGUACGUGUAGUUUUAAUCUCAAAUAAAUUGUGAGGUUUUCUGUAUCUUGAUGUAAUUAAUGCGAAAAAUUGAGACUGUUUUUCUAAGCCUCUUUUAUCUGUCAAAACUUUGAAAUUGUCAGCAGCCAAAUAGAUGCCAGCUGGCAAGCUUCAUUUUCAUCCUAAUUGCUAACCGGUGAUUUGGAAUACUGGCUAGCAAGUUUUUAAUGUGCCAAUUCCAUGCAACCACUCAACACAAGAAUCCGCUUCGCACACAGCAUAUUUGCUAAGCCAUGUCAGGACACCAGCGGAACUGUCUUAAUAAGACAGCAUCGCAGCCAUUUCUUAGUUGUGAAAAUCUGCAAUUUGGUAUUUGCUACUAUCAGCAAUUUCAUGAAUAUUGACUCAGGUGAAUCACGUUUAGCACAAUUAACUCCAGGUGCCAGACAAUCAGCUUUUGCCAUUCAGUUUUGUGACGUGGGAGAAAUACUGUGUAAUCAGUCAGUGACCGUAUAAAUUGACUUUCCACAGCUGUGCAGAGGCAGAACCAAUGCAUAAAUGCAUGAACCGCAUUGUCUGUGUGGCUGAACCCAAAUUACAGUAAAGUUUGAAUUACAGCAAAUAUUCUGUGCUUCAUUUGAAAAAUGUGGGAAAAAAUGUGGAAAUUCACACUAAGGGGACUUUGGGGAGGAAAUCCAACUGUGAUCGUUUUUUAAGGUUGAACAUUUAUUUCAAGUAAUUGCAUUCCACUGACAAUGCAAUCGAUAUUUUUGGUCUGUUAUGUCAUUGACUCACUUGAGUUACAAUGUAUUCUGUCCCGAGUUGCCGCCAGAAAUCAUUUCAGUCCUUACUCUUUUGGCAUCUUUUUUCUUGUUUUCAAUAGCAAUCAAUUCUGAACACCUGCAACAAAAUUGCAUCACUUACAGUAUCAUUUACUAGCAGAUUUAUGUACAUAUAUUUGCAUAGUAAUUCUGGAAAUGCUUGCAAUUAUUAUGUAACUCACGUCAGGAUCAACGCACCGUACAGCAACUUACGCAUAUGAUGCAAGAUAUAGGGUGGAGAGAACCCCGACCCCCCGCCUUGGUGUUGGUCAUUGUUUGAUCAGAAUCUCAGGAAUUCUUUGCAGACUUCUAGGGAGGAUGUGUUAGGUAACAAUACUCUAUAGAGUGUGUAUAGGGAUUGGACAUGUGGGGGGGUACCCAUCGGCCCCAUAUCGUGCACGGUGUCAACUUAUGAAUACGUAAGUAUAUCAUUUGCAUAACUCUUCUGUUUUUAUUGUAAAUAUGUGUUGGCCUGAGGUUUUUGAUAUUUCAAGUAAAGUUGAUCUGUUGAAAAACCUUUAUGAUAAAAAUGUCCUCAUUUUUGUUUUGUUUUUCCCUUUCCAGUAUCAUGCUUUUAGAGAGUGUUUGGAUGCUGUAAAAGUACAAAGAAAGAUUUAGAGUAUGUGUUCGAAGUCAAAAGCAUUUAAAUAAAGGCACUCAAACUAA